AUGUCCAAGACCAGACAUCAGUGUUUUGCGUCCAUGGUUUUCCAAAGUGGACUCCUGGGCUUCAAUAGAUACUACAAGGAGUAUGCCUUUCAUGAGCCCUUUGUCUGCUUGAAGGUGAGAGACCUGGUAUGCCAAGCUUGCCAACAACAGGAGCUUGUAGAACCAUCAUUGGUGCUACAAGUCAUAUUCCAGUACAUAGCCAAGCUGUCUUAUCAUAUGAUCCUUAUUGAAGAGCUUUUGUAUCUCCAGUUCAUUCUAGAAUGUGGAGAAUGUCCAUUCCCUAUUGGUCCUUGUAUCCAUGGGGGUCUGCUUGAUAAGAUGGAGCUGGUGUCAACCGCUAGCAAAUCACUUGGUAACCGUUUCGGGCCGUUGGAUGCCGAGGGGGCGAACAAAUCUUAUACCGAGUCCCUAUCUCCACGGUAA